AUGUUUGUACUAGAUAAGGGAGUUGGUCUUGAUUUUAUGAGUUGGGCAUAUGAAAUUGGGCGUAGUUCUGAUGCGGAUACAUUGGGGUUGUUUUUCGCCUUAUGUUGGGGAGUGUGGUUCUCACGAAAUUCCGCCAUAUUCAAUAAUGUUGAUCGCUCGGCUGUUUCAACUGUUCAAAUGGUGUGUGUCUUGUUGCGAGACUUUGGGCAGGCACAAUCCAUUAUGCAUGGGCUUCAAGAAGACUGUGGUAUGGAGGGGUGGAGUCCGCUGGAAGGGGGUUUUGUUAAGGUGAAAUUUGAUGGGGCCACUUUCAAAACACAACAGUCAUGUGGUGUGGGAGUCCUUAUUCGUGAUCAGCAUCGUGAGCCGAUAACAGCUUUAUCGGAACAAAUCCCGACAUGGAUGGCGGCAGAUUGUAUUGAAGCUAUUGCGGCUGUCAAGGCGCUGGAGUUUGCAGCAGAGCUGGGGCUAACCAACAUUCAUUUGGAAGGUGACUCUCUGACUGUGGUAAAGGCCAUCUGA